AUGGCGACAAAACAGACCUAUUUCAUUCCAUUUGAUCAUUUAUUGCCCGGCGAAUAUACUGGCCAGUGUGCCGCAUACAAGAUAAAUGGAAAAGAUCGCUGCAGGUCGAACCCGAGACCCUCGAUCACUGCGAUUAAGAAACUUCACAAGGAGCUUCAAGACAGCUACAGAACCGGGAUUGAUGAUGACGAGAGAGAAACUAAGCUAAAGAAAUUGGCUGAGCUUACUAUCUGCGGGAUUCAAAAAAAAAGAAUAGCUGGAGCCAUAGAAGAUGCCAUUCGCCAGUGGAACUCUGAGCUUAAGAUGCAAAAUAGUCCGGCUGUUAGUCCAGCAACACCGGCGAGAAAUUUCAAUGCACAGUCGAAGGAGGACGAGGGGAGUUCCAAGUUGGUAUUCACGCCAUAUAAAUCUGCCAAUAUGGACAAAUACGUCGCGGACAAACUCGAUCAGAUGGCUGACCGCAAGAUAAGUACAAAAUCCACCACGGACAGUAACAAGGAGAAGAGAGACCAUCUAUAUAUCUUUGAGUGCGAAGAUGCGAAAGGCAUGUGCAAGCUUGGGUACUCUUCCAAUCUCUCACGAAGGGCUCGUGAACAUGAGAAGUGCUAUCCUAAUGUUACGGAACGUCGGUCCAUCUAUUGUCCAAACGCGGACCUAUUCGAAAGGGUGAUACAGUGCGAGCUGACUCAGGAUCGGUACAAACAUAAAUGUGGCCAGUGCAACACCACUCACACAGAAUGGUUCAAAGCUGACCUCGAUGAGCUUUACCAACGUGUUAAAGUUUGGUGCCGGUUUUCAUUGGGCUUCCAGGACCCCGAGAAGCGAGUUAAUGUGCGUAUUCCAUCUCCUGGCUUCUCUUCAGAUCCAGACAGAUGGUACAAAUGGGCUCAAGAAUGGGUUCAAUUCUGGGAGAACCCAGUAUUACAUUCCAUGCCAAAUACGCCAGGCAAGCCCGUUGUCAACAAUGCUAUCGUGGCUUUGGAGGAACUCAACCUCGAGGACGAUAUAGAAUCGGUGCCUGGACUUUCUCCUUCAAGCUCUGCAUCUGGAAUGCCCGAUGAUGAUUACAUCGAUCCUCCCACCCCAACCCCAAUUGCACGCUCACGAAACGGAAAGCCCGUCUUGGGAGAGCGUUUAAUCAUACCGGCUGGAUCGCCCUCCGUUUACCCGGAGGAAUACUGGACCCCCGUCGAGAGUAUGUCGACACACAAAGGCCGCGUCCUCUUUCCUCACGUCCCCGGCGCAUAUCCUGCCUCGCCGGUGAAGGUCACGCCGAAGAAAACUAUUGAGGAUGAGAAUGGAUUGGCGGAUAUUCUUGAGAACAUGACACUUCGUUGA